AUGGGGCUGUCAACAAAAAAUGGAGUAGGAAUUGGGGCAGUUCUUAUCUCACCAAACAAAUGUCAUUAUCCUGCCACAGCACGACUUCGAUUCUUUUCUACCAACAACACAACAGAAUACGAAGCUUGCAUCAUGGGUUUGAAUAUGGCAAUAAAUCUGGAUGUGCAUGAGUUGUUGGUUUUGGGGGAUUCCGAUUUGCUCAUUCGACAAGCUCGAGGCGAAUGGGAGACUCGAGACAUUAAACUCAUGCCGUACAAACAAUGUUUAGAAAACCUCAUCAAAAUGUUCAAGUCCAUUGAAUUUAGAUACAUACCCAGGUUUCACAAUGAGUUAGCUGAUGCUUUGGCCACCCUAGCCUCGAUGCUUCCAUACCCGGAGUUGCACCCUAUGUCUGCUCCGUGGCCUUUUGUGGCUUGGGGAAUGGACGUUAUUGGGCUGAUUGAGCCGAAAGCAUCUAAUGGACAUCGGUUUAUUUUAGUUGCCAUCGACUACUUUACCAAGUGGGUGGAAGCUGUCACAUUCAAAUCAGUCACCAAGAAAGCAGUGGUGGACUUUGUUCAUUCAAACAUCAUAUGUCGUUUCGGCAUACCAAAAAUCAUUAUUACGGACAAUGCAACGAAUCUCAACAGCCACCUGAUGAAGGAAGUUUGUGAGCAAUUUAAAAUUGUUCAUCGUCAUUCAACCCCUUAUCGACCCAAAGCAAAUGGGGCUGUUGAAGCAGCAAAUAAAAACAUCAAGAAGAUUCUUAGGAGAAUGGUGCAAGGAUCUAGACAGUGGCAUGAAAAACUACCCUUUGCUCAGUUGGGAUAUCGCACGACUAUUCGUACGUCAGUCGGUGCAACUCCUUACUUAUUGGUUUACGGAACUGAGGCUGUCAUACCCGCAGAAGUUGAAAUCCCUUCUCUUCGAAUCAUUGUCGAAGCAGAAAUUGAGGACACGGAAUGGCAGCAGAGGAUGGCUCGAGCCUAUAACAAAAAGGUAUGCCCAAGAAAUUUUGAAGUCGGUCAACUUGUUGUGAAACGCAUCCUUCCCCAUCAAGACGAGGCCAAAGGAAAGUUUGCCCCAAAUUGGCAAGGCCCUUAUGUUAUUAAACAAGUGCUAUCAAAAGGAGCUUUGGAACUGGCAGAUAUGGAGGGAAAGGCGAUCGACACAAUUGUCAACGCAGAUUCGAUCAAAAGAUACUACGUCUAA